CGACAUCUGAGAUCCACGUAUACGAUGCACGCACGUGUACCAUGAAAAUCCAAGUUUAAAAUCAAAAGUGAUCCAAUAUUCAUCGCCAGUAUCCAAGGGGGUGUGGGUGGUCAUGGCAAAAUGUUAGACUCGGAGUCGGGAGCGAAAGUGAUAGCACGGCCGAGGGGGCCUAAGAGAAAUGAAGGGGAGUUACGAGGGAAAGAGGGUACAGCAAAAGAGACACACUAAAAGGCCACCGUAGGGGAUGAUUCGCACCGAACCUGGGAUGUAUUCUCAUAUGUGUGGAAUCCUCGCAUGAUCGUUAUAUUUACAAACUAUAACUUUCCCAUCAAACCAAUUGCAAUAUCAUCGAUAUCAUCCCUCAUUUAAAGGAAACACAUUCAUCAACCUGACUUACCUUGAUACCACAUGGACGACCCCUCUAUCCGCGUACAGGUCUCCCCCUCACAGAGCGCAUACUUUGCAGGCGAAACUUUCUCCGUAGCAAUCACAUUCACAAAUACCCGUCUACCAUCUACACCCCACCCAGCGUCGGCACCAGUCCAUAAAUCACACAAACGAAAUGCACAUUCUAUAAGCUCUGCCCCGCUUGCCAGGCCUCCAACCUCUCCUGGUUUGGGCACACGUCCACCAGACUUUAUUAAAGCCCUUGGGAGUGGUGUGAAUGGUGAAGAGGGGAGGAAGGGACUGAUUGGGAACGGAACAGUCGAGUAUGUGAAUGGGAAGGGGAAAGGGAAGGAAGUCCUUGAAGUAAGACGUGCUGCGUUGGAGAAGGCAAAGGAGAAAGCCCGCAGUGCCAGCAUUGAUAUCCCAUCUAGUGAAGAAUAUGUACAAGCUUAUGAAGUAGAUUCUUCGCCAGUAACCCCCCGCUCCGCCUUCCCACUCCCCCAAAACCACCCCCACGCCCGCAAACAUUCAGUAUUCGACGGUCAUCUCCAGCUAAAUGAAGUCCAACCCCAACCCUCCCCAAGCAUCCCAAGCACAUCCUCAACCAGUACAUUCACACUCGCACUCGACCCAAUCGCAGAAACACCCCAAUCCCCCGUCCCACCAACCCCCCUCCCACACACCCCAUCCCCAUCAAACACAAUCGUAUCCGAACUCCACUCAUACCCACCACACCCCUACCCCCCUCGCAAACAAGCACACCACACCCUCGGACACGGACACCCACCCCUCCCCAUCCCUCCAACCCCAGCCACCACAAAACCCCUCCCCCCAAACACCACCCUCCUCCUCUACUCCUACGCCCAACUCUCCGGAACAGCCCACAUCCUCCCACCCAACACACCGGAGGCACUAACCACCCUCCGCGCCCAACUCCUCAAAAAACCGGUGUUGGGCGGGGGAAGCAUGGAUAUCUCGCGUACGCGCACGAAUCCGAGGACACAUUCGCGUUCGACGAGUCUUACGGGUUCCUUGUUGAGUUUGUUGAGUCCCUCGAGUUAUAGUCCUUCCAUUGGACGGUCAAGACCGCCUUCCUUGAGUUCACAGAGUGAUGCGUCUAGUGGGGGUGUCGGGUUAGGGUUGAGCGUCGGCGCAGGGAACGGGAACGGGAAUGGGAAUGCGGUGGGAGGAGGGGAAGAAGGAGAGGAAGAGAUGCCCCUCCCUGUAUUUGAAGUACAACCUGCGAUGUUGGCUGUUGAUCUUGCGCUGAGUCCUGGAGAGAGUAGGAGUUAUACCUACACACUGCCCCUCCCAUCGACCCUCCCUCCGACAUUCCGAGGCCGUAUGAUCCGCUUCUCAUACGAGCUAGUGGUUGGUACGUGUCGACGGGGCGAUAGCGGCGAAGGUAAUGCUUCUUCUAUCGGUGUGACGGUGAGCAGGGUGAUGAAAGUUCCUAUAAGGGUAUAUAACUGGGUCAGCGUCGGCAAACCACAACGCCCCUACGACCUCCUCCUACCCGUGCGUAAACCUGACAGCGGCAAAGUCCUAGAUCUAGGUAGCGCAGGCGGAGACGGUACAGACGGGAAGAAAGACUUGGCGUCGUCGAAACUUUCACCAACCACAACACCCUGCGGCUCCCUCGACGACCUACGCGCCUACGGCGAACGGCUACUCUCGACGUUCCCUGCAGAGGGGUCGACGGGCGUGAGGAUUAAAGAACCUGCUGAGAGUGUGCCGGAGAACGUACCUUCGUCUUCUACUGGGCCUGCUUCUGCUUCCGGGAGUCAAGGUGGUGAGGACCCUCUGAGAGCGUUUGAAAGAGAACGGGAGAGAGAAAGGGAGAGGCAAGGAGAAGAAGGAGAAUUAACGGGGUGUCGAGAGGCUGUUGAGAUUCUAACCCGAAAUCCAAAGAAAGUGUCUUAUGACGUGACAAAAGACGGCAUCAAGGUCGCUGUUCUGACAUUCACGAAGAGCGCAUAUCGGCUUGGGGAGACUGUUUUGGGCGUUGUUGAGAUUAAUGAACGGGGGGGACGGGGAAAGGUAAUUUCGCUAAGCGCAACGCUAGAAACGAACGAAAGCCUCCCAGCCUCCCUAGGCACCCCAAACCCAACUACAAAUACAAGCAGCACACGCCGCGUCCACGCUGAACACCACGCAUCGUUCACAGGAAGCACCCUACGGACUACAUUCGCACUUGACAUACCCAGCGACGCAUGUCCCGGAUUCGGGAUAGUGCUCUCAGCUCCGUCUUUGCUUGGGAAUGUGAACGUCAAUGGGUCAGGGAGUGGGAAGGCAGGUGGAUUAGCGUGGAAAGUGCACCUGACGCUCUUGGUAGGGGUGACAGCGCCGAACGCACGGGUGCGUGGGUUGACGAGAGAUGGGGAACCUACUGCAUGGGGAAGUGCGUGGCGUGCGCCUGUGGGGAUCGCUCCUGAACAGCAAGAGGUGCAUGUGGCUUCUGCUGGGAAGGAGGUGAAACAGCCAUCGCAACCGACGCAGAGCUGGACGUCGUAUCUCAUGAGCUCGUUCCUUGGGACUGGGGAGAGGGAGUAUCAUGAUGGGGAUGAUAUUGAUGAUGAGGUUCCUUCUUCUCCUGCUGCGAAAGAGGAAGAGGAGGAGGAAGAAGGGGAUUGGAGGGAUGUGCAAGUUGAGAUUGUGGAGUGUGAAGUGCCAGUUGUGGUUUGGCCAGGGAAUACAGCGUUCAGUGCUGUGGAUGUUGUGUUCGAGGUUUGAAUUGGGAAGUUGAUCGAGAUCUGUGAUCUCGGAUGUUUCCGUCCCCACGGGGGGGAAUGUCGGCGGGUGGCGGGAGAAUAUAUAUAUUUGAAUUUUUUUUGUUUGUAUUAUUUUAAUUAUUGGUGAUCGAAGAAACUCGUGACCCGAGGCCGUGUCAAAAGCUCACCCGAAGGUCCG